CCCAGCUCAUCACAGAGUCCAGAAGGUUUGCAGACAUGCUGAGGUUUCUACUGCUGAGUGCGCUCAUGGCACUGGUGCCUGCUGAGCAAAAUGUAAAGCCCCAGUACAUGGAAGCAUUGCAAGACAGGGUUGUGGGGGGGAGUGUCGCCAAACCUCAUGCUUGGCCCUGGCAGAUCUCCCUUCAGUACCUGUCACGUGGUUCGUACUACCACAACUGUGGAGGUUCUCUGGUCAGGAGAGGCUGGGUGAUGACAGCUGCCCACUGUGUGUCUAUUUUCGGGGUGUGGCGAGUGGUUCUUGGAGCUCAAAAGAUCACUGCCAAUGAGCCAACACAGCAGGUGGUCAGGGUGACCAACAUCUACAUACACCCUAACUGGGACCCCAACAAUGCUUCCAGUGGGGAUGAUAUUGCUCUGCUUCGUCUUUCCUCCAAUGUUACCCUCAACUCCUACGUGCAGCUGGCUUCUCUACCCACACCAGGACAGAUCCUGCCCAACAACAACCCCUGCUACAUCACAGGCUGGGGCAGCACCCAGACUGGCGGUCCACUAUCUGAUGUGUUAAAGCAGGCCUACUUACCUGUAAGGAACUAUGAAACCUGCUCCAGGAGUGACUGGUGGGGCAGCAUAGUCAAGAAAACCAUGGUCUGUGCAGGAGGCUCCAGGAACUCUGGAUGCAGUGGUGACUCUGGUGGCCCACUGAACUGUAAGGUCAAAGGACGUUACUAUGUCCAUGGUGUGACCAGUUUUGGGUCUUCCCUCCGUUGCAACACGCCAAAGAAACCCACCGUUUUCACCCGAGUCUCAGCUUACAUCGGCUGGAUGGAAGGAAUUAUGGGUUAUUAAAACCAUGAGGUCAAGUGUCAUAAUGACACUCAACUGGAUACUUUCUCAUCAUUGAAGAUAUGAUCCAUCUUUCACAAAUUUCUCUCCACUUCAGACAUGUCAGAUCAACUGACAUACUGUAAAGUUUCUUGAUCACUGUGAACAUUGUGUCCAUCUGAUUUGUAUUCCGCUUUUAGUUCCAGCAGUUAAGUACAACAAAAAUACACUCCAAACUAGAUGCAGUUAGAGUACAAUGCAAUUUUCAGUACUCUAGCUAAAAGUAUGAAAUAUCCUUCUUCAGGUCUUAUUCAUGAGGUAAAGGUCCGAUCUUUAGGAAAAAGCCUCCAUAGCAUUAGAAAUUGUGAAAUGUUGAUCAUUGUGUUAAACUUGUUCUAGUUUUAAACACAGCAAACCACUGU